AUGUCCAUGGGCAUCAGCGACCGGAUGAACCAGCACGAGCGGGCAGACACGGACUCCGUUCAAACGAGCGCAUGCGUGGCGGUGGGCUGGCGCUGGUAUCCUCCCGCGGGACGGGAAGGCGUACGAAUGGCACGAGGCAAGUCUCAGACGCAUCAACCCGGCACCGCCGGCUCUACCCACUCCACCGCACAGUCGCCCAUGGCCCCGACCCAGUCCCGGACUCCCUCCACAAACCACCCGCUCGUCGUGCCCCCCCCAUGCCUGGCCGUCGCCCCCAGGCCGGACCGGCUGGCCCAGGCGGAAGUGCGCCGACGUGCAGCACACGCCGUCUUGGUAGCGCCACUGGAAACGCCGCCGGUCCAGCCGGAAGCGGGCGUCGUGCUCGGCCCUGCUGCGGUACACCUGGCGCACCAGCUUGGCCCGGGCGGCCUGCGUCGAGAGCGCCGGUAA